CUAACACAGGAAUUUGUUUUGAUCUUCAUAACCCAUUAUUGGCUUACAUCAUGAGAACUAACAAAACCAAUUUACAAUUCUGCAUAAACUACCAACCCUUACAAGAGUCCCAAGUAAAUGGCAGCAAAACAAAUGCAAUUCGCAUUUGACAAUAAAAAAGAAAGAAAAUACAUUUAUUUCCCAAGUGACUCUGUAAAACCAUCCGAGGAAGAAAGAAAGCAGCUUACCCUUUCCCCGAUAUUCCCCAAUUGGUCCAUUCCCAACUCGGAGCUUCCUUCUUCUUCAUCUUCGUCUUUAUUCACCGCCCAAACCCUUCAAACACGACGCCGGGCUCAGUCAGGUGCUCUGAUUCAACCCUAAACACACUGCACUUAGACUCACCCCAAAUUCAAAUGUAACCCCACCCAACUCCACCAAGCCUCCCCUAAGCUAACCUAUAUAUACACACCCACCUAUAUCUAUCUAUCUAUCUCUCUAUUCAUAUAUCUCCAUGCAAAUCUCCUUGGUUUGAAACCCAGUUGCGGGAUUUCCAAGAUGGGCGGCGAGACGGCCCACCAUUCCGACCACCAGGCCGCCAGAGAUAUCUUCUGCCACGCCGUCGCCGGCGCCUCCGCCGGUUCUAUGGCGGCUGCGUUCGUCUGCCCUUUGGAUGUUAUCAAGACCAGGUUACAGGUCCAUGGCAUGCCUACCGGUCAAAGAGGCAGUAUCAUUGUCACGAGCCUGCAGAACAUAUUGAAGACGGAGGGUAUUAGGGGGAUGUAUCGUGGCCUUUCGCCUACAAUUCUUGCGCUACUUCCGAACUGGGCGGUGUAUUUCACAGUUUAUGAACAACUCAAAGGUCUACUGCAGUCACAUGAGGAUGGCAGUGAACGCUCAAUUGGUGAAAAUAUGAUAGCUGCUGCUGGUGCUGGGGCUGCCACAGCCAUUUCAACAAAUCCAUUGUGGGUUGUUAAGACAAGACUGCAAACACAAGGAAUGAGGCCUGGUGUGAUUCCAUACAAAAGCAUGAGAUCUGCUUUCACAAGGAUAGCAACUGAGGAAGGGUUGCGGGGUUUAUAUAGUGGGAUUAUACCUUCUUUGGCUGGGAUAAGUCAUGUUGCAAUUCAGUUUCCUGCUUAUGAAAAGAUAAAAUCAAUCAUGGCAAAAGAGGAUAGCACAACUGUUGAUAAGUUAAAGCCGGGGAGAGUUGCUGUUGCCUCAUCAAUAUCAAAAAUACUGGCCUCUGUAAUAACUUACCCUCAUGAGGUCAUACGUUCCAGGCUUCAAGAGCAAGGGCAGGCUAGACAUAUUCAACCCAAGUAUGCGGGUGUUAUUGAUUGUAUUAAGAAGGUGUUCCUAAAGGAAGGCCUUCCUGGUUUCUAUAACGGUUGCGCUACAAAUUUAAUAAGAACAACACCUUCUGCUGUUAUUACAUUUACCAGUUACGAGAUGAUAGAUAGGUUCUUGCGAAGAGUGGUGCUUUCAGAAAAGGAGCACUCACGAGAUCCCCCGAAAUCAGAUGGCAAUGACAAACCGCAGCAAGGAGAUAGAGGCAGUGUGGGAGAUGAUAAUAACCCUUCUUUGCGGCAACUACAAACCCAAUCAAAUAAGGGGGGAACAAUUCCAGUUGGAAACAAAGAGCAGCUAACAGCAAGACACUGAUAGAUUGUUGUGCCUUUUUUGAACUCAGAUUUUGGUUGAAAGAAAUUUUUUCCUGUAAUAAUGAAAUUAAAAUACAGUAGAUAAAUGUAAUUGCAUUUGAAGAGGGAAUGAAAAAGAUGAUUUGCCUUAUGAAGAAAUGGCACAUCAU